AUGGUGCAAGAAAAGAAACUGAUUGAUGAAGUCUCCGGCUGGCUAAAAUUGUACGACGACGGCUCCGUGGACAGGAUGUGGACUGGGCCGCCCCAAUUCAAGUUCAUGUCCGACCCGGUCCCUCCCCACCCCCACUUCAUAGACGGAGUAUCCGCCACUGACUACACCACCCCCGGCGGCCUGAAAAUCCGCAUCUACCUGCCGGAGAUCCCAGGAGACGGCAGAAUCCCAAUCCUCCUACACUUCCACGGCGGCGGGUUCUGCAUCAGCGAGGCCGACUGGUAUAUGUACUACGCCGCCUACACCCGCCUCGCCCGGACAGUCGGCGCCGCCGUGGUCUCCGUCUACCUCCGCCGCGCGCCAGAGCACCGCCUCCCUGCCGCCUGCGACGACGGUCUCGCCGCCCUCCUCUGGCUACGAUCCGUCGCAGCCGGGGACUCUCCCCGCCCGCCUCCGCUACGCGCCGCCGACCCCCGCCGCGUCUUCCUCGUCGGAGACAGCUCCGGCGGGAACAUUGUCUACCAGGUGGCGGCGCGCGCGGGGCGCGAGGAUCUGGGCCCUCUGAGGAUCGCCGGCGCGAUCCCGAUCCACCCGGGGUUCUGCCGGUCGCGGCGGAGCAGGUCAGAGGUGGAGCAGCCGGAGACGCCGUUCCUGACGCUGGACAUGGUGGACAAGUUCUUGAAUCUGGCACUGCCGGUUGGAGCCACCAAGGACCACCCCAUCACGUGCCCGAUGGGGAAAGAUGCGCCGCCAUUGGAGGGGGAGAUUCUGCCGCCGUACCUGUACUGCGUGGCGCGGCAGGAUCUGUUGUGGGACACGGAGAUGGAGUUCUACGAGGCAAUGAUAGAGGCGAGAAAGGAAAUUGAGGUUUUCGUGAGCGAGGGCGUGGGCCAUAGCUUCUACCUGAACAAGGUUGCGGUGGAUAACGACGCCGCAACCGCAGAGCAGACUCGGAAGCUCUUCCACAGGAUCGCACACUUUGUCGCCGGACACUGA